AUGGCUCUUGUUGAAUUAGCACGCCGAAAUCUUUUACAUUUUGUUGUUUCACAAAAUACAGAUGGUUUACAUUUACGAUCUGGGUUACCAUCUAUUACGUUAGCUGAACUUCAUGGAAAUUCAAAUUUAGAAACAUGUCAAAAAUGUCAUACAAAAUAUGUAAGUGAUUUUCGUACACGUACUGCUGCUGCAGUACAUGAUCAUGCUACAAAUCGAAAAUGUGCUCAAUGUGGUUCAACACUUUAUGAUUCAAUUAUUAAUUUUGGUGACAGUUUACCUAAACAUGAACUAGAAACAAGUUUUGAUCAUGCAAAGCAAGCUGAUGUUUGA